AUGUUUAGACAAGCUUGUUCUUCAUUGCUCUCAUCAUCUUUGCCAACAAAAACAACAAGAGCAAAUUAUUAUUACAAUAGGAGAUUGAAUAAUUCCUCUCUAUUGAAAUCCAUCAUUCAAUACAAUACCUUCUCUACAUGUCUCUCACAAAAUAAUGCCUCGGAGAAGAAAACCAAAUCAUCAGCAGCAGCAACAACAACAGGAGGAUUAAUUACAACACCAAUUUAUUAUGUAAAUGGACCACCACAUAUUGGACAUUUAUUUACAACUAUCCUCUCCGAUUCCAUCUAUUUGUACCAUAAACAAUUGAAGAAUCGUCAUGAUAUGAUCUUUUCCACUGGUACUGAUGAGCAUGGUAGUAAAGUGCAAAGAACAGCCAUUAAAAAUCUUCCCAAUCAAAAUACUUUGGAUGAUGAAACUAUUAACAAGUCGUGUGUUGAAUUUUGUGAGAAAAUUUCUGAAACAUUCAAGACCAUGAUGAAGGAUUUUAAUAUUCAAUAUACUCACUAUUUAAGAACAAGUGCCACAAGGGAACAUAGAGAAACAGUGGAAAGAGUUUGGAAGGAAUUGGAAAAACGAGGAGAUAUUUAUUUGGGAGAAUAUCAGGGAUGGUAUUGUACUACUGAUGAAGCUUUCACAACAGAUAUUGAACAAGUUAAAAUUACCAAUGAAAAGGGAGAGGAAGAAUUAGUGACAUUGAGUAAAGCUUCAGGAAAUAGAUGUGAAUUCGUGACUGAAAAGAAUUAUAAAUUCAGAUUGAGCAAAUAUAUGGAUAGAAUUCAACAAUGGUUGGAAGAAAAUCCAAAUACAGUCAAACCAAAGGAAAGAUACAAUGAAUUGAUGGAAUUAAUUAAGAAGGAGAAGGAAAGAAGUCCAGAAUCUCUCGAUUUAAGUAUUUCUAGAACAAGAGAUCGUGUACAGUGGGGUAUUCCAGUUCCAGAUGAUUCGGAACAUACAAUUUAUGUUUGGCUUGAUGCUUUGACAAAUUAUCUUACUGCUGGUUCCACUCUCGCUAAUGAAUCACUCAAUUGGCCACCAACUGUCCAAAUUAUUGGAAAAGACAUUCUCAAAUUCCAUGGUAUUUACUGGCCUGCUUUUUUGAUGGCUCUUGGAAAGGAACUUCCUGAAACCAUUCUUGUUCACUCAUAUUGGCUUGUCAAUGAUGUAAAAAUGUCCAAGUCUUUAGGCAAUGUUGUAUCACCAUAUGAUUUGUUGAAUCAAACUGGUGUUGAACAUGACUUGUUACGUUACUAUUUAUUGAGUGAAGCUGUACUCAGUAAUGAUAGUAGUUUCAGUAUGGUUAGAUUCCCUGUUAAGGUGAAUGAAUUGGCUGAUAUUUUCGGAAAUUUAUUGACCAGAGCUUUUAAUAAGAAAUUCCAUGCUGAAGAGGGAGAAAUUCAAUACAGAAAUCUUCAAUUUGAUUGCCCUAAUGCCGAACAAAAUCCAAAUCAAACUGCUCAAGAACUUAUUGAAUUACUCAAUGAUUUACAAGAACAAGUUAGAAAUGCCUAUGAAGAAAGAUGUGAAGUGAGAUUUGCCAAUCUUGCAGCCACAAAGAUUUUAAAGAAGUGUAAUCAAUUAUUUGAUGAAGUUAAACCAUGGAUUCUUGUUAAGGAUGCAGUGGCUAAUGCUCAACAAAUUGAGGAGUUAAUGUUUCUUGUUGCUGAAACUUUGAGAAACUGUUCUAUUGCCCUUUACCCAGUUUUACCUCACAAGAUGAAUCAAUCAUUGAGCUUUUUCAAUCAGUCCACACCAUUGUUGGAAGAUAUUGGUUUCUGUAAGAAGGGUACUUCUAUUCGCGUCAAAUCCAAUCCAGAAAUCCUUUUCAAAAAGAUAGAGGAAGUAAAACAACAAGAACAUUCAUCAAGAGGAAGAGGAAAGAACAAGGAAAAGAAUGCUGAAAAGAAAUAAUAUAUCAGAUUCAGUAAAUUUAUUGGUUGUU